AUGCCCCGGGCCGUUUUGGUGAUCGGUGGAGAUGAAUCCCUCGCUUGCUCGCCGCUUUAUGAUCAACCCUCCGACACAGCGCAUGCUGUGGCCGCUGUGCUGUUAGAUAUCAAUUGGGUCGUGUCUAUUGUUGAUAGCAACGAAAUUGCAGGCCAAGAAGCGGCUGCCAAAGUAAAAGCGAAUUUCUACAGAGCUGAUAUCCAAGAUUGGGCUUCGUUGAGCACUGCUUUCAAUCAGACCGUGCAUAAUCACGGUUGGAUCAAUUUUGUAUUCGCAAAUGCCGGGGUUACAGACCCAAGAAUAUUCUAUGAUUCCCAUUCCAGCACACCUCCUCCGGAACCGGAUUUCUCCCUGCUAGACAUCAAUCUCCAAGGCACCGUCAACACCUCGUAUCUGGCCCAGCACUACUUCCGCAUGAUCAGGCAGGCUCUGCAACAAGACGUCGGGGAUUUUGACCCGAGCUUGGUCUUCACAUCCUCCAUCGCCGCACUGGCUGCCAUUCCCGAGGUGCCCAUCUACUCUGCGGCUAAAAGCGGCAUUGUCGCGUUUGCGCAUGCGAUCGCGCCUCGUUCUUCCAGAAGGAUGGGAUCCGUGUUUCGUCUAUCUGCCCCGGUAGGGUCAUGA